AUGACCAUUGAAGAUUACUUUUCUCAUUCUUUCCACUAUAGGAAGAAUCAGGCCAAUCCUUUCUUAUGCUAUGGUAAUUUAUCUACCCAGGCUAAGAUUGAUGCGCGCGCUUCUAUCGACGAAAACAGGCUGUGGCGUUAUAUGAUCCAGAAUUACCACGAUGCUAUUGCUCUUUGUAGAGUGUUUGGGCCCCCAGAUUUCUUCGUGACAUUCACGUGCAAUCCCAAGUGGCCAGAGAUCUCCGAAGCCAUAGCCUUUGAACCUGGUCAGAAACCGACGGACAGAGCAGAUAUGGUGGUACGGGUUUACAACAUGAAGCUUGAAGAGCUUCUUGACGACAUUAGAAACGGCGCUGCUUUUGGCCCUAUUAGCGCAGUUUUGCACACUGUUGAGUUCCAAAAGCGCGGCCUUCCCCAUGCCCAUAUCAUAGUUUGGCUCUCUCAGGAUACCUCACAGCCAACUCCUGCAUUCAUUGAUAGGUUCAUAAGUGCAGAGAUUCCAGAUCCUGAUCUAUAUCCUUUAGCAUAUGCGCUUGUUGCUGAGCACAUGGUACAUGGCCCGUGUGGAACAGGCUUUGAGACCUGUCCCUGUAUGAAGAAAGGUAAGUGCUCCAAAAGAUUUCCAAAACAAUACCAAAUAGAAACGAAUGUUGAUGGUGGUGGCUUUGCUGUUUAUAGGAGAUCUGAUAACAAAAGAUAUGUUCAAAAAGGAACCCGGCGGCUAGAUAGUGGUUGGGUUGUACCAUACAACGUGUCUUUGCUGAAAAAAUUCCAAGCCCAAAUCAAUGUUGAGUGGUGUAACAAGACCAUAUUUGUUAAGUACCUGUUUAAAUACGUAACUAAAGGUCCUGAUUGUGGUAAAGUUUACAUACAGAGAACAAAGAGUGGCCAGAAUGCACCUUAUGAUGAACAAACAAAAACAGUUAAUGAGGUAAAGGAAUACCUAGACUGUAGAAAUCUCACCUACUGUGAAUUCCCUUCCAAGUGGAAGUGGGAUAGCAGUUCAAGAUCUUGGGAGGGUAGACAGCGAGAUGGUGGUAAGGUGGGUCGGUUAUACUUUGUCCAUCCAUCUGCUGGUGAGAGGUAUUUCCUUAGAAUGCUGCUCCUUGUGGUAAGAGGUGCUCAGAGCUACGAAGAUAUUAGGACAUUCAAUGGCGUUCUUUACCCUACGUUUAGGCUAGCUUGUUGUGGUCGUGGCUUACUUGGUGACGAUCAAGAGUGGUAUGACGCCUUCGAUGAGGCUGCUGCCUGGGCGACAUCUUCACAGCUUAGGAAGCUCUUUGUUACCAUGCUCCUGUUUUGCGAAGUAAACGAUGAGAACGCUUUUUUUGAAAAGGUGUGGAAACUUAUGGCUGACGAUAUACAGUACCGGUUUAGAGAGAUCAUAGGCAAUAACCAGUAUCAGAUUCCUGAUGUCGAGCUUAGGAACCAUCUAAUUGAUGAUUUUGCAUCCAUUUUUUCAAGUAACGGGGCUAGAAUCCGGGACCGUAACCUUCCACAGAAAAGCAAUGCUUCAGAAUAUAACUCUGAUCUGGAUCUAGAAACACAAAAAGAAAUCUCUGAAUUUAGUCGCUGGGUGUUGGACAUUGGAGAGGGUAAGAUUGAUGCUGUUAGGAAAGAGGGUGAGACAGAAGCGACAUGGAUCAAGAUACCACGUGACCUCCUGCUUAUGCCACAGGAGGACAAGGUUUCUUGCAUCGUCGAUGCUGUGUACCCAGAUUUGGUUACCAGAUACUCCGAUCCAAACUACCUCCAGAGUCGCGCCAUUUUGACACCAACGAAUGAGAUUGCUGAUACUGUAAACUCACAUGUGGUAUCUCUGGUCCCUGGUGAGGAGAAGGAGUACUUAAGUUGUGACAAGAUAGGUAAGUCCCCGGGAGCACACGGUUCUUAUGAUCUCUUAUAUCCGGUAGAAUUCCUGAACUCUUUGAACGGCAACAAUUUCCCUCAGCAUCGCCUUCUGCUUAAGAAAGGGGUGCCGAUAAUGAUGCUUAGAAAUCUUGAUCAGGCUGGCGAGCUAUGUAACGGAACACGAUUAGUGGUUACUGGUUUUGGUGAUAUGUUGAUAGAGGCACAGAUAAUGACCGUUGAACGUGUUUGUAUGGCUUUUGACCUGCUGCCGGCUCUGCGCCCACGCCAAUGGCAUGCGACGAUCUGUGUUGGCGUCUGCCGCAAGUGGGAUUACCGUGGUGGAACGGAUGAUGGCCCCAUUCAGCAUGUUGACCAUGUGCUUCUCGAUGAAAAGGGCAACAUCAUCUAUGGUGAGAUCCCAGGAAAUGAGGUGGAGGCUAAGAGUCCGCUUCUGCAGGAAGAUGGCAACUAUGUCAUCAGUCGCUUCAGAGUUUCAAAUGCGAAGUCUGGUUAUAGACCUGUUGACUGUCCAUACAUGGUUGAGUUCACGCUGCAUACAACAUUCCCCGCUGCAAGGACCGAUAUGCCUGCCUUCCUAAAGUACGCCUACAAGAUAACUCCCAUCCAUGAGCUCUCCUCACACGCUGGUGACACAAGGAACUUCCUCGUUACUCUGAGGUCAGGAUCACUCUAUGGGGACAGAGAGCUGCUGCUUUCAAUCUUGAUGCCGUCUACAACCGUGCUGAAGCAAAGCCGAUUAUUGUGCUGUUUGUUGGAGGGCUACUACCUGAGCGCAAAUACAGCUUCACGGUGGUAUUUUAACCCUCCCGUGCCUGAGGCUCGGCUGUUCCACGACAGGAGAAUGGAUAUCGCUGCACUGUCACUGUUGGACGCCUUGUCCCGAAUGCAUCCUGGUGGUUCCCGUCAUGCACUAAGUGUAGCAAGUCUUGUGUCCCAGAUGGGGCUGGCUACAGAUGCAACCCAUGCUCCAACACGUCGUUCAAGUUCAAAUAUUGCCCGUCGUAUCAUUGGAAAGCCAGUUCAGCAAGUUCUUAGAACGGUUACAGCCCAGAAUGCAUAUCCACCAGAUAUUACAAAGAUAGUCUCCUUGAGAUUCACGUUCGCUGUCACCCUCACUCAGCAAAGAUAUUAUUGCCAUCAGAAAACAUAUCAGGUUGCCUCUGUCAUCACAUCUUAUGGUCAGCGCAAUGCUGCUCCCUCUGGUCCUGCAGCUGUGGAUGGUGGUAGUUCCAGCCAUCGUCCUCAGGUCCAGGCGCCUCUUCGAGAGGGUAGUGCUGAAGAUACAGAACAGAUGUCACCUUGUCGUGUGGAGGACACUGAUCUUCGUUCGCCGUCGCUCGAAAGUGUAGGCGAGCCAGGCAAAGGCACAAAUUCUUCUACGGGCUCCUCUGCUCGCAAAAGGCUCCUGCUGGACAAUGAUAGUGAUGAUCAGGUCCUUUCUCUAUCUCGCGUUCUUCUUCCCCAGCCACCUCUCCAUUCCCUUUCGGCGCUUGCCAUGGAUCCCACUGAGGCCGAUCUAUCUGACCGCUUCACUGAUGACGACGAACGACUCCCGAAGGUUCCGAAAACCAUCGCCGUCAACAGAAGGGACCUAUUUGGUCUGGCCGCGAGGGAGCUCCGACUUACAGUGGAGGCAGAGAAGACAGUCCGGAUCGACGACGACACGUUCGUCACCACGAUCCGAGUUGGCAAUAUGCUAGCUAAAGAAUCCUACGACUGA